AACCCUGCGCUGGCCAUGGCCUCGGCGUGCGGGGCGCCGGGCCCAGGGGGCGCCGGGCCUGGGGCCGCUCUGGGCAGCCCUGCCCCCGCCUGGUACCACCGUGACCUGAGCCGCGCCGCCGCCGAGGAGCUGCUGGCCCGGGCAGGCCGCGAUGGCAGCUUCCUGGUCCGAGACAGCGAGAGCGUGGCGGGAGCCUUCGCGCUCUGCGUCCUGUAUCAGAAGCAUGUGCACACAUAUCGAAUUCUCCCUGAUGGAGAAGAUUUCCUGGCCGUGCAGACCUCACAGGGUGUGCCUGUGCGCCGCUUCCAGACCCUGGGAGAGCUCAUCGGCCUGUACGCCCAGCCCAACCAGGGCUUGGUGUGUGCCCUGCUUCUGCCUGUGGAGCGGGAGCGAGAGCCAGACCUGCCUGAUGACCGGGAUGCCUCAGAUGGGGAGGAUGAGAAGCCCCCACUGCCCCCGCGCUCUGGCUCUACCAGCAUUUCUGCCCCCCUCGGGCCCAGCAGCCCCCUGCCAGCCCCUGAGACCUCUACGACUCCGGCUGCUGAGAGUGCUCCCAAUGGGCUGAGCACUGUCUCGCACGAGUACCUGAAGGGUAGCUACGGGCUGGAUCUGGAGGCUGUGCGGGGUGGAGCCAGCAACCUGCCGCACCUCACCCGCACCCUCGCCACCUCAUGCCGGAGGCUGCACAGUGAGGUGGACAAGGUCCUGUCGGGCCUGGAGAUCCUGUCCAAGGUGUUUGACCAGCAGAGCUCGCCCAUGGUGACCCGCCUUUUGCAGCAGCAGAACCCACCACAGACUGGGGAGCAGGAACUAGAGAGCCUGGUGCUAAAGCUGUCAGUGCUAAAGGACUUCCUGUCAGGCAUCCAGAAGAAGGCCCUGAAGGCCCUACAGGACAUGAGUUCCACAGCACCCCCGGCCCCGCUGCAGCCAUCCACACGUAAGGCCAAGACCAUCCCCGUGCAGGCCUUUGAGGUGAAGCUGGAUGUGACCCUGGGUGACCUGACCAAGAUUGGGAAGUCACAGAAGUUCACGCUGAGUGUGGACGUGGAGGGUGGGCGGCUGGUGCUGCUGCGGAGACAGCGGGACUCGCAGGAGGACUGGACGACCUUCACGCAUGACCGCAUCCGCCAGCUCAUUAAGUCCCAGCGGGUCCAGAACAAGUUGGGUGUCGUGUUUGAGAAAGAGAAGGACCGGACACAGCGCAAGGACUUCAUCUUUGUCAGCGCCCGGAAGCGGGAGGCCUUCUGCCAGCUGCUGCAGCUCAUGAAGAAUAAGCACUCCAAGCAGGACGAGCCCGACAUGAUCUCCGUCUUCAUAGGCACCUGGAACAUGGGAAGUGUGCCGCCUCCAAAAAAUGUGACAUCUUGGUUCACAUCGAAGGGUCUGGGGAAGACCCUGGAUGAGGUCACGGUGACCAUACCCCAUGACAUCUAUGUUUUUGGGACCCAGGAGAACUCGGUGGGUGACCGCGAGUGGCUGGACCUGCUCCGCGGGAGCCUCAAGGAGCUCACAGAUCUGGAUUACCGCCCGAUUGCCAUGCAGUCACUGUGGAACAUUAAGGUGGCUGUGCUGGUCAAGCCAGAGCAUGAGAACCGUAUCAGCCAUGUCAGUACAUCCAGCGUGAAGACUGGCAUCGCCAAUACCCUGGGAAACAAGGGGGCCGUGGGUGUCUCCUUCAUGUUCAAUGGCACCUCGUUUGGCUUUGUGAAUUGCCACCUCACCUCGGGAAAUGAGAAGACUGCCCGACGGAACCAGAACUACCUGGACAUCCUGCGGCUGCUCUCGCUGGGUGACCGGCAGCUCAGUGCCUUUGACAUCUCUCUGCGUUUCACUCACCUCUUCUGGUUCGGGGACCUCAACUACCGCCUUGACAUGGAUAUACAGGAGAUCCUGAACUACAUCAGCAGGAAGGAGUUUGAGCCCCUGCUCAGGGUGGACCAGCUCAACCUGGAGCGGGAAAAGCACAAGGUUUUCCUUCGAUUCAGUGAGGAGGAGAUCUCCUUCCCACCCACCUACCGCUAUGAGCGGGGAUCCCGGGACACAUACGCCUGGCACAAGCAGAAGCCAACUGGGGUCCGGACCAACGUGCCUUCAUGGUGUGACCGGAUUCUCUGGAAGUCCUAUCCCGAGACCCACAUCAUCUGCAAUUCCUAUGGUUGCACAGAUGACAUCGUCACCAGCGACCACUCCCCUGUGUUUGGGACAUUUGAGGUUGGAGUUACCUCUCAGUUCAUCUCCAAGAAAGGGCUCUCAAAGACCUCAGACCAGGCCUACAUUGAGUUUGAGAGCAUCGAGGCCAUUGUGAAGACGGCCAGCCGCACCAAGUUCUUCAUCGAGUUCUACUCCACCUGCCUGGAGGAGUACAAGAAGAGCUUCGAAAAUGAUGCCCAGAGCAGUGACAACAUCAACUUCCUCAAGGUGCAGUGGUCCUCACGCCAGCUGCCCACGCUCAAGCCCAUUCUGGCUGACAUCGAGUACCUGCAGGACCAGCACCUCCUGCUCACAGUCAAGUCCAUGGACGGCUACGAAUCCUAUGGGGAGUGCGUGGUGGCACUCAAGUCCAUGAUUGGCAGCACGGCCCAGCAGUUCCUGACCUUCCUGUCCCACCGCGGCGAGGAGACAGGCAACAUCCGUGGCUCCAUGAAGGUGCGGGUGCCCACAGAGCGCCUGGGCACCCGUGAGCGACUCUAUGAGUGGAUCAGCAUUGAUAAGGAUGAGGCAGGAGCAAAGAGCAAAGCCCCCUCUGUGUCCCGAGGCAGCCAGGAGCCCAGGUCAGGGAGCCGCAAGCCAGCCUCCGCAGAGGCCUCCUGUCCUCUCUCCAAGUUAUUUGAAGAACCAGAGAAACCACCACCAACUGGGAGGCCCCCAGCCCCACCUCGAGCUGCUCCCCGGGAGGAGCCCUCGACCCCCAGGUUGAAGCCAGAGGGCGCUCCAGAGCUGGAAGGGGUGGUGGCACCCUCACCCAAGAACAGCUUCAAUAACCCUGCCUACUACGUCCUUGAAGGGGUCCCACACCAGCUGCUGCCCCCAGAGACACCCUCGCCUGCCAGGGCCCCUGUCCCACCUGCCACCAAGAACAAAGUGGCCAUCACAGUGCCUGCUCCGCAGCUUGGGCGCCACCGGCCUCCCCGUGUGGGAGAGGGAAGCUCAUCAGAUGAAGAGUCUGGGGGCACACUGCCCCCUCCAGACUUUCCACCCCCACCUCUGCCGGAUUCGGCCAUCUUCCUGCCCCCCAGCCUGGAUCCUUUGCCAGGGCCAGUGAUCCGGGGCCGCAGUGCGGGUGAGGCCCGUGGCCCACCACCUCCCAAGGCCCAUCCGAGACCCCCACUGCCCCCAGGCCCCUCACCCACCAGCACUUUCCUGGGGGAGGUAGCCAGUGGGGAUGAUCGCUCCUGCUCAGUGCUACAGAUGGCCAAGACACUGAGUGAGGUGGACUACGCUCCUGCUGGACCUGGCCGCUCCGUGCUCCUGCCAGGCCCCCUGGAGCUGCAGCCGCCCCGGGGACUGCCCUCGGACUAUGGCCGGCCUCUCAGCUUCCCUCCACCUCGCAUCCGAGAGAGCAUCCAGGAGGACCUGGCGGAAGAGGCUCCGUGCCCGCAGGUCGGGCGGUCUGGUGGGCUGGGCGAGGCAGGCAUGGGAGCCUGGCUGCGGGCCAUCGGCUUGGAGCGCUAUGAGGAGGGCCUGGUGCACAAUGGCUGGGACGACCUGGAGUUUCUCAGUGACAUCACCGAAGAAGAUUUGGAGGAAGCUGGGGUGCAGGACCCGGCUCACAAGCGCCUCCUUCUGGACACCCUGCAGCUCAGCAAGUGAUCGCGGUGGCACUGCGAAGCUAAGAACUGAGCGCCUCAACCUGCCCUGAAGGCCCAGCUAGAGCUCCGGAGUUGAAAAGUUACGAGCGGGCGGGGCAGUACUUCUCUGCCUAUUUAUUGGGGACCUACGUUCCCUACUUCCCAAUCAUUUGGAAUGCCCUAGUUAGGACAUCCUGCCCCUCACCUUUUAGAGUCAGGGCUCGGGAGGUCAGUUGCCGUGGUUACCGAGGAUCUUGGUUAUUCUGGUGCUGUCCUCCCUUUCUGGACCCCUCCUCCAGCCCCAGGGAGGCCAUGGGGUCCAUAUGGGUACGUCGUGGGCCCCCACUUUCACCGUUGUUCCUGCUGCCCUCCACCUGGCCUGAACCACAGAUGGAGGGGCUCGGCUAGGACCUCUCCCAACCCCCAUUCUGGGGGGUGUCCGUCCGGAAAUGAAGGAAUAGCCCGAGAACUGGGCUGGGGUUUAUUUAAGCUUUUCUGUAUGGGCUUAGGGAGGGCGGGCACUUUAAUGUUAUGGGAGCCGGUUUAGGUGGGGGGGGGGGGGAAAUAAUUUCGGCCAUAAAGCGCCAGUUUGCUUAGUUUUGUCUCCUGGUCUGUACCGCCCUGCCCUGGGGCUGUGUGGCAGCUCGGGGUUCCUCGCUGGUCACAAGGGGAACCGGUCUCUUGCAGGUAGCCUGUCCCCAUCGUGGGUACUCAGAAGGGUUGCUGGUGUGCUGUCUUCAAUAAAUUAAGUUUUAUUUGGAUUGAGCAAAA